UUUAUUUAAUUUUCUUUCUGAAAGAAGAAAAACUAUCAACUCUCCCUCGCUUUCCUUCUUCUCCGUGUGCGUAUAAAUAACCACACCUCACACUUUCACCAAACCAACGAAGUAUUAACAACUCUUCUUCUCUUUCACUCUCUUUUUUUCUCUCGUCACUGUUUCAUGCAAAACCGUUUCUAGGGUUUUCAUUUUCCAUCACUCUUCAAAUUCAACAACACGAGCCUCACCGUUCCGAUAACUCGUAACUCGUAACUCGUCGCGAUGUCAUUGGCUAAGAAACUCAUCAACGAUCCGAAUGAUGUUGAGACUGAAUUCAUUGAUGGUCUUAUGGAGACAUAUCCUACACUGCAGUUUUUAGAUGGCUAUCCUAGUGUGAAGGUUGUGUUUCGUGCUGAUGUUUAUCCUGGUCCACCAUAUGAUAAAGUUGCAGUCAUAUCUGGAGGUGGAAGUGGCCAUGAGCCUGCUCACGCUGGAUUUGUGGGGGAAGGAAUGCUGACUGCAGCCAUAUGUGGCGAUGUCUUUGCUAGUCCAACUGUUGAUGCUAUUCUUGCUGGGAUACGAACUGUAACUGGUCCAUUGGGAUGUCUUCUUAUUAUAAAGAACUAUACUGGUGAUCGUUUGAACUUUGGUUUGGCUGCUGAGCAAGCAAAAUCUGAAGGUUAUAAAGUAGAGAGUGUGAUUGUUGAGGAUGAUUGUGCUAUACCACCACCACUAGAGAUGGCCGGAAGAAGAGGAUUGGCAGGGACUGUUCUGGUUCAUAAGGUUGCAGGAGCUGCUGCAGAUGCUGGUCUUUCUCUUGCUGAUGUUGCUGCGGAAGCAAGAUAUGCGUCUGAAAAUGUGGGAACAAUGGGCGUUGCUUUAAAAGCAUGCACACUCCCUGGUAGGAUUUUUACAGAUCGUUUUGGGCCAACAAAAAUGGAAGUGGGUCUUGGAAUUUUAACAAGCCACGGCUGUCGAAAUCCAUCCUAUUCAUUUCCUUUACACGGGGAACCUGGUGCACAUGUGACUGAUAUACAGCCUGUAGAGGCAGUGGUUUCUCAGCUUCUGAAUCAAAUAUUGUCCAAGGAAACAAACUAUCUUCCAAUAUCUCGGGGUGAAAGAGUGGUACUCAUGGUCAAUGGGUUAGGUGGCACCCCCUUAAUGGAACUAAUGAUUGCAGCAGGAAAAGCAGUUCCUCAAUUGAUGGUGGAGCACGGAUUGGCUGUUGAUAGAGUUUAUACAGGGUCAUUCAUGACUUCUCUUGAUAUGGAAGGUUUAUCAAUUUCUAUCAUGAGAGCUGACCGGUCUAUUCUUCAACGAUUGGAUGCUGAGACGAAAGCUCCUUAUUGGCCUGUUGGAGUUAGUGGUAAUCGUCUGCCUGCAAAGAUUCCUGUUCCAAUUCCACGACCUCGGUCAGCCAAGAUUGUUGAGCCACAGAGUCAGCCUCUGAAACUAACUGAGCAAGGACAACUUCUUGAGCUAGUCAUUGUAGCCGCUGCAACUGCACUGAUACAUCUCAAAGACACUCUAAAUGAAUGGGACUCUAAAGUUGGUGAUGGUGACUGUGGGUCAACUAUGUACAAAGGUGCAAAGGCAGUUCUUGAGGACAUGAAAAAUUACCCUCUGAAUGAUGCUGCAGAAACUGUCGGUGAAAUUGGAUCAACAAUUGGAAAAUCAAUGGGAGGAACAAGUGGGAUCAUAUAUUCAAUUUUAUGUAAGGCGGCAUGUGCACAGCUGAAAACAAGCUCCCAUUCUGUUAUCACAUCAAAACAAUGGGCUAAAGCACUUGCGUCGGCCAUUGAUGCUGUUAGUAAAUAUGGGGGAGCUAAAGUUGGUUACAGAACAUUGCUAGAUGCCCUUAUCCCAGCAUUGUCAUCACUUGAAGAGAGGCUAUCUUCUGGUGAUGAUCCUGCCACUGCUUUUCUUACCUCAUCUCAGGCUGCACUUGAUGGAGCCGAGUCAACCAAGAAAAUGCGAGCAAAGGCUGGGCGUACACUUUACGUGCCUCGAGAGAUUCAGUCAUCAGUUCCUGAUCCGGGUGCUUAUGCCACAGCGUCAUGGUACAGAGCUGCAGCCUUAGCCGUCAAUGAUAAAUACAAGAAUAAAUAGUCUUCAAGGAAAAAUACAAGAGGAAAUAAACCUACAUAGCUGUUAGUGCAAUCUCCUGUUUGUGCAGAUUAAGCCAAGUUUUGUUCUCAAUUUUGUACCAUUGAGCUCUCCGCAUAUGUCUCUUCUGCAUAAUGCUGGGAGAGUGAUUGCUAAUCACUCUUGUAUUCACCAAAUUUUAAAGCCGAUUGGAUGUAAAUUUGAUGAUUCAAUUACUACAGUUGACAAUAUGGUUCUUCUCAAUGUGAUCUCAUGAUUGUAUUUCUCA